UGACGAGAGAUAGUGAAAGUUCUGGUCCAUAAAUAAGAAGCAGUCGCAACCUCACACAGACUUCCACACUGUGAUUUCCAGACCCCUGCACAUUCCACGCCUGUGACAUUUCAACUGCCAGCCAAUCUCAGCCUCACGCAGCCGCCUGCAGAAGCUCAGAGACUCACUCACACGCACACUCAGCCUUUGUCCACCCUCCAUGGCAUCCCAUGCAGCCGCACUACUGGCCAUCAGCCUGCUGGUCCUGUGGACCUCCCCUGCUCAGGGUGGUGCCAACGACGCAGAAGACUGCUGCCUGUCUGUGGCCCUGAACCCUAUCCCUGGGAAUAUCGUGCGAGCCUUUCGAUACCUCCACAUCCAGGAUGGCUGCAGACUGCCUGCCGUUGUGUUCACCACAAAGAGAGGUCGCAAGCUUUGCGCACCCCCAGACCAGCCCUGGGUGGAUCGUAUCAUCAGGAGACUGCUGAAGAAAUCCGCCAAGAGCAAGGGCCACAGAAGUUAGCCCCUGACCGCCUCCGAGGAAGCCCUGUGUCUGAGUGAAGGGAUGUGAAUCACUGCCGCCCUGAAGACCCAAGGACCGGAAGAGAGAACCAGACCAUCAGCUCCUCUGCACCAGACCUGACAAAGCCGGGCAGGGCCUGGGGUGUUGAGUGUGAGUGUGAGAGGGUGAGUGGCAGGAGCAGUUUCUCCACACCCAGACUGCAAUGCUUCCAAUAAAGCCCACUGGUACCACA